AUGGACGUCGACACUGAGUUGCCGUCCGACACCUUGAUUGGCCGAAAAAGGCCUUAUGAUGGGCUCGCCACUUUUGACUCCGACUCCGAUACGGAGACGGAAACGACAAUGGCUGCCAAAAGUAAGCUCGAUAGUCGAAGUAAAUUAGCGUCGAGGGGGCGCGGUAGUGGCCUCGCUCGGGCUAAAGCCGAGCUCAAGGAGAAGGUCGCCGAGGCCAAGGAGGAGGCAUUUGAGCGUUCCUUGAGGAGUAGGGCGUUCAAAAAGAACGUUUCACAGGCGAUACUGAACUCCGAAGAGUCCGCAUCAGAAGCUAGGGAGGAUCCUGCGAAGAUGAACACGGAGGAACUUCGCGAGUCAGUAGCUGCCCUGCAAGGAAUAAUUGACGCCCUAGCGUCUCGCACGGAAGUGGAAGAGACACGAAAACUCCGUGCCGAUAACAGCCGCUUGCGUAAGGAAGUGGACGGUCUCAAGGCCGAAAUAAAGGCUCACCGCCGGGAGUUCGCUGAGAGACGGACUACGGUGGCAGUGGCAAAUGAGGCUUCCAACAGGUCUGCGUGGGAUAGUCAAACGAUGGAGGCUUUCAAGGCGAACAUAAUGUCGUCAGUCGGCGUUAUGUUUAAUGCACACAUGGCGGGAUUAGAAGAGCGCCUCCUGCCUGCGAAGGUUCAACGCCCUCCGUUAGCUGCUGAUAAAAAGCGGGAGUCGAUGCUACAGAAUGCGCCGACAUACGCGCAGGCGGCCAGCCGGGCUCUACCGCCGAAGCCAGCACCUGCACCUAAGCGGGCACCUCCAGUAGCUCCGCUGACACCGACCGCUGGCUCUUCAAACGCCGCAAUCACGCCGGAGACGAUCCAGCCAAAAAGGUCAAAAAGGGGAAGAAGGGGAAAAUACUUCCCCUUCAGCUGGAACCACAAACACGCUGCAGUGGUGGUAACGCUGCAGCCAGAAGUGGAGCACAAAGGCGUUACGUAUGCCCAAGUUUUAGAGCGCGCCGAGCAGGGCGUGAAAUUGCAGGACCUCGGGAUUACUGGCGGACUCAAAGUCCGACGAUCAGCUACAGGGGCCAAAGUGCUGGAGCUGCCGAGGGCGCAGUCAGACCAGGCCGAUAAUCUGGCUGACCAGCUCCGCACGGUGCUGGAUGGAGUGGUCAGCGUCGUCCACCCCAUAAAAAGGGUGGAUAUAGUUGCUCGAGCAGGGAAUUGCCCUACUGAAAUGGUAAGAUGUGGAGAUGUGUCACGUGGACCUGGAUAUAUGGGUAUGGCCAUCGUGACAUGUCCGAUAGCUGCGGCAAGAAAGGUGUCCAACGCCGGUCGUCUCCUGGUUGGGUGGAGCUCGACCAGAGUUUGCGUACUAGAGCAGCGCCCUCUGCGCUGCUUCAAGUGUAUGGGCCUUGGCCAUACAAAUACAGUCUGCCCAUCCAAGGCUGAACGAGGGGGCCUUUGCUUCCGGUGUGGCCUCGAUGGCCACAAAUCAGCGGAUUGCAACGAAAAGCUGCGCUGCGCUGUUUGUGCAGACGCCGGUAAGCCCUCCGGGCACGCGAUGGGCACUAGGGAGUGCAAUCCACCCAUCACAAAGGGUAAGGUGGUCUUAGGCAGCCAGCACAAAAACGUUGGACGGCGCCAGGCCGAGGAGGAAACUGCUAUGUCGACAUGA